UCCUCUCUCCUCCCGGGCCACUGUAGCUUCUCGCCGUCUCCCUUCUUAGUCGAAGUCUCCCUUCUCUCUCUCUUCUCUCUUCUCUCUUCUCUCUCGGCGCCACUGUAACGUCUCGCCGUCUCCCUUCCCAGUCGAAGUCUCCAUCUCACGCCGGCAUCUCUCCCCACCUGUGGCGCCCUCGAUUCAAACAACUCAUCCCUCAAAGAGAGAAUAAAGAACAGUGCAAAAGCUAAAAACCCUGGUAGUAAUCCAUGAGGUGAGGAGCUUUUCAACUCGGCGGAGUGUGGUUCUACAACUCUCGCAAUCUUCCUUCUCAUCUUCCGGUCGCCAAUCCAAAUCCCAAUAGCAGCAACCCUUCUCGCAUUUCUUCUCUCUCUGACGUGAUUUCUUCUUCUUCCAACUUGAGGAGGCUUUUCUCAUCCGAAAGCAAUUCGCCCCAUGGAAACCUUAGUUUUAACCCUGACCCCCUUCCAGAAGAAACUAGCUUGCAGCCCCAAACCCAGAAAAAGAGGGAUGUCUCUGUGGAUGUUCAAGACGUCAGCAACAAAGAGCUGAAAAUACGUAUUGAAAAGUACUUUAAAAAAGGUGAUGAAGAGGCACUCCCAUCCAUUCUUGAAGCAAUAAUCCAACGAAAGUUAGCAGGAAAGCACGAGGAAACCGAUGAUGAGCUGAUAGAAGAACUUAGUAGCAAGCCGGUGGACAAUGUUAAAGACGAUGAGUUUGAAUCUGAUUUUGAGGAGUUGUACGAGACUGAUGAAGAUAUUGAUGAUUUGUAUAAUGCAACGGAUAUUGUGAAGAAGAGGAUGGUUAAAGAUGAAUUCUUUCACAUGGACAACAAGAAGUGGGGAGAUAUGAUUAAUGAGGCAAUGAAUCAUGGAUUUCUUAACGACACCAGGAAAUGAGAGGCAAUUCUAGAGGACAUGCUUAGCUGGGAUAAGCUCCUUCCAGAUGAGAUAAAGCAGAAAGUGGAGAAGAAAUUUAAUGAGAUAGGUGACAUGGUUGAAAGGGGGGAGAUUGAAGUUGAAAAAGGUUAUGAGCUUUUCAAGGAAUUUGAAGAUGAGAUGGUUUUGGAAUGUGGUAAGAUGAUGGAGCCAGAGGGACCUCCACAGUGUAAUGAUACCUCUGUGCCAGACAAGAAAAAGAAUAUAGAUGACCCACCAGGUGAGGGACCAGUUCUCAGGUGGCAGACCCGUGUUGUCUUGGCUCCCGGUGGUGAUGCAUGGCACCCCAAAAACAGAAAAGUGAAGAUGGCUGUUACUGUCAAAGAGCUUGGGUUCUCAAAGCAUCAAUUUCGUCGUCUGCGGGAACUUGUUGGAAAGCGCUACCAUCCGGGGAAAGAUGAGCUAACAAUCACCAGUGAGAGGUUUGAACAUCGGGAGGAGAACAGAAAGGAUUGUCUUAGGGCUCUAUUUGCGCUCAUUGAGGAAGCCGGAAAAGCUGAUAAGCUUGUAGAGAAGGUUCGAACUCGUUAUGCCGAGGGGAGACUCAGAGCCAAUACAAAGUUCAUGGAGAGGUUGCGUACCAAGUCCAUGUAAGGAUCCAAGUUUUUGCCUGCUUGAAGAAAUAAUUUAAUUAAAAAAAAAACCUCUCUCUCAUCAUGCACUACUCUCUCUCUCUCUCUCACCUUGGCGUCUUCAUCUCUCUCCUCAUCUCUGAUGUCCUAGAGUCAACGCCGUCCACCGCAACUCAGUCAAAGUAUUCGUCUUUCGAAUAGGAAUUAAGUUCCUGUGGAGGACCCCAAAAAUAGUACUCCUAUCUUAGUGUCAUCUCAAACCAAUGAAAUUUGAUAUAUAUUGACAAUAUUGCAUUCCCGUACUGUUUCUAU